CGACAAUUCACCAUGCCUCGCGGAUCAUGCUUCUGUGGAGAAAUCCGAUAUGAAUUCUCUGAGGAAUCGGCUCAGAAGGUAAUCUGCCACUGCCUCAGCUGCCGUAAAAUUACCGGUUCAACCUAUACUACCAAUUUUGCCAUACCCGAGUCGAACCUCUCGAUACUGUCCGGGUCACUCCGUGACUGCACCAGACGACAUGAAUGUGGGAUGAACUUGACUGUUUUCUUCUGUGGAGGCUGCGGGUCGGCCAUCUACAAAACGGCCACACAAAAGAUAUUUCAUGGCAAGAUUAUCCUCCUUGUGGGCACGGUUGAUGAGGAGCAAGGGAUAGAGAAGGCAGCACCCGCCAGAGAAUUCUACGUCAAGUACCGUGGGGAUUGGGUACAGCCAGUUGAUGGAGCGGUUCAGGACCAAGAGUUUCCCUAAAUACAGUCGACAAACUUUCAAUAAACUGCUUGGAUGAGGGAGUUGACGUUUGUGCGACUGUUUUUGC